GGGAGCAAGUGGACGAGUGAGGUUACGCCAACUCGACAAAACGAAUUACGAAGCUGCAAUGCUGCUAACGCUAAAAUGCUAAGACCAGAUAUCUGUUUUUCCAUCAGAGCACUGGCCAUCUCAUUCUCACCAUUCCCAAACACAACGCAGAACCUUCUGCCAACUUCUCUCCAUCUACUCUGUACCCUAAACCUCGCUUCUUUCUUUAAUCUUUCUCUUUUUAUCGUCAAAUCAAUUUCUCACACCGAAGUCUAACCUUUAAUUCACCAACUAUUUCCCAAACACUCUUUUUAAUAUUCGCACUACAAUAUACAUUUGUUUCUGUGGCAAUGGCGCAGCCAAGUUCUGAUCGUUUAUCCUCUACUGACUCUGCUGAAGCUUUAAACUUUUUGAUCCUGGAUACUGAAGAUAAAAUCAUCAAUUCAAACAUUUUGAAUAGUCAGGAUGCCGAUCCAAUUGGUACUCGAAGAGAUAUUGUUGAUCAAUCAUCAGCUUUAGGUUCCGUUGGAUAUCAGAAGAUGGGAUAUGCAUCCACAGCCUCCUCUCGGCCGCCAUUAUUGUACAAUGGAAGCUAUGACAAUGUAGCUGGUAAACAGGGUGCAUUUCUACCAUAUAUUAAUAAUAAAGUCCUGGAAAAUGGUUCUCAUAUACAGGGCAUCCAGGAUAAACCUCCAUCUGUUGCAUAUCAUGGCUAUGUAUGCAGCCCUCAAAUGCUACGCAAACCAUAUGGUCCUGUCACGACACAUCUUUCUGCCAGGAAUCAUGGCCAUUUGUACAAUGCUAGAGAAAUUUCAACUUCUGAUGCAUUUUCUUUCAAGCAAAAUAUUUCUCCAAAUUCAUACAUUCUUUCACCAACUCCGGUUUCUCAAGCAAAGUUGUUAGUACCUAAUGAUCUCCAAUGGGAUAGCAAAAGAUCUGGUCUGAGACCUAACUUCCCAGCUCCAUUGGGAUCUUCUGGUAGGGGAGCAAACCUUUUUGGAAAAUCUGAUGGGCUUGGUUUGUUGGACCAAGGGUUUGAGGGAUCUGAAGUUGGAGGAUUAUGGUCAGAUUGGUUGAGUCCCUCAGAUGGGAAGAGUUGCAUGCUUCAAUUGUCUUCACCACAAACUUCUCUGAAACCAAUUGAGUCACCAGAGUUGUCUCAGUAUGAGUUCGGACUUGCUUCUUUACAGAAAGGAUCAUUUUAUAGCUUUGGAUCUUGUUCAGGCUCCAGCUACACAGGUUACUCUCACCGUCAAAGUGAUCAAGCCUCCGAUUUUGGAUGUGGCUCCAGUUCUAGGAUGGGACUGAAUGGUCAAAGCUGGCCCACACUUACUGAAGCAAGACAAAGAGGAAGAUGCAAUGACUUUUCAUGUGGCUGUAGUGUCACACUUGAUAUGCUAAGUGAGCGAAAUAGAGGACCGAGGGCAUUUAAGCCAAAAUUUCGGACAAUGGUAAAUGGUUCUGCUGUUGGUAAUAGCAAGAAUUCCAUUAUUGAUGACCUUCUUAGGAACUCUUAUAACAGAUUGGAUUUUAUCACCAGCUAUAAAGAUGCAAAGUUCUUCGUCAUAAAAUCUUAUAGUGAAGAUAAUGUUUACAAGAGCAUAAAAUAUGGUGUCUGGGCUAGCACCCCGAAUGGCAACAAAAAGUUAGAUUGUGCUUAUUCUGAAGCAAAGGCAAAAGAGGGCAUGUGCCCAAUCUUUCUGUUUUUUUCGGUGAAUGCUAGUGCCCAGUUUUGUGGUGUGGCAGAGAUGGUGGGACCUGUAGACUUUGACAAGAAUGUAGACUAUUGGCUGCAGGAUAAGUGGUCUGGACAGUUCCCCGUUAAGUGGCACAUCAUAAAGGAUGUUCCUAACAGUCAGUUUCGUCACAUUCUACUUGAAAAUAAUGACAACAAACCAGUUACUAAUAGUAGAGAUACUCAACAGGUGGAAAUGGAACAGGGGAUGGUGAUGUUAAACAUAUUUAAGAACUACGAAUUGUGUUCCUCCAUCCUAGAUGAUUUUUAUUUUUAUGAGAAGCGGCACAAAGCCAUGCAAGAAAGGAAGGCAGGACAACAGCAGGCAAGUCUUAUGGCUCCUCCAGUGGUAGCAGUUAGUGAGCAACAAAUUCCGGUUUCACCAUCUGCUGACACCCUAAAGAGCAUGUCAAAGAGCUUCGCCGAAGCUGUGUCAUUGACAGAGCAUGAAAAAGAACAUUCAGCUGGUGGGAAGGUUGCCUCAGCCGCAACCACCUCUGUGGCCCAUGGAAGUUAAACUACACAUUUGUCAUCAAAGUUAUUGGAUAGGUAGGAACUUCUUCUCGGUGAUUUCAGCGGACAAUCAUAAAACUGAUACACCUUGCCGCAUAAAUAUUCUUUCUAUUCUCACAGUUUGAUAUAUAUUUUUUUUUCAUCUUGAAAAAGUUUCAAAAAGAUAUCUUUUUUA